AUGUUGAAUCCGAUUUUCUUUCUUUCUUUGAUUACCAAGCAGCACAAAGUUCGGCUGGAGCGCCGGACAGUUGGCUCAACCAACCGGUGGCGUUUUCCUAAAGAGCCUUUCUCUGGGGACCUGCUGGCACUUUCCCAGAUGUGCAAAGCUCUGAGCAUAGACUUCGACAAAGCUCUGGAGAACCCAGACAGGUUAUGCAUUCCACAACUUCAGAAAUUUUUCUCUGAGAAUUUGAAGAAUGGGGCCAUCCAAAGUGGGGAGGCAGAUGUGAUUCUCGAAUGCCUGGGCUACAGGUGGGAACUCCAUCAGCCCCAGCUUUUUCAGUCCAAGACCUUGACCAAGCUGUACUUGGUGGCCCUGACACGGGGUACCACAAACCCCCCGAGGGAACUGGAGAAGCCUCUGCCAGCUCAGUUGCCAGAGAAGAUCAAAGAAAGGUUCCCUGUGAAGAAGAUGAUCAUUUCCUUGAAGAUCAACGACCCGGUGGUCACUAAAGUUGCCUUCGCCACGGCCCUGAAGAGCCUCUACAUAAGCGAGGUGGAGGUGAACUUGGACGAUGUGCUGGGGGUGCUGGCCUCUGCCCACGUUCUCCAGUUCAGCAGCCUGUUCCAAAGGUGUGUGGUCAUGAUGAUGAAUGGACUCACGCCCAGCACCAUCAAGAACUUCUACCUGGCCGGCUGCAAGUACAAGGAAGAGCAGCUCACCACGGCCUGUGUGAAGUGGUUGGAAAUGAACUUGGUCCCUCUGGUGGGGACACAGAUCCACCUCCGGAAAAUCCCUCAGGAGCUGCUCCACAAAGUGCUGAUGUCCCCCAGGUUGUUCACCUUUAGUGAGUUUCAUCUUCUGAAGACAAUACUUUUGUGGGUCUACUUGCAAUUAAGCCACAGCAUUCAGGCAAUUCCGAUCCAUGAAACCGUGCUGGCAUUUUUUAACAGCGUUCCCAAGAAGUGCUGCUUUCUGGACCGGGAUAUAGGACACAACUUGAUGCCCCUGUUCCUCUGCUUGCGUCUGCACGGCAUCACCAGGGGCAAGGAUCUGGAGGAGUUAAGGCACAUUAACUUCAUCCCGGAGGCAUGGCUGGUCCAGGUUACAGCCAACCAUUACCACGCACUGAUGAGCGGGGGUGACAUGGCCUACCUGAAAGAUUUUACCACCCAGGCUGUGAGAUUCGGGCUGCUCUUCAACCAGGAAUAUACAACUUACUCAAAAGUGAUUGCUAUAUAUGGAUUCUUCUUUGAGAUAAAGGGAAUCAGACAUGAUACUACCUCUUAUAGUUUUUAUAUGCAGAGAGUAAGGCACACAGACCUAGAAUCCCCCUCUGAGGUCUGCAAGUGCAGCCCUGUUAGCCUGAGAGCGGAACGCUUGGUGAAGUACGAGAUCAGAGCCCAGACCCUGGUCGACGGCAAGUGGCAGGAGUUCAGUACAAACCAGAUCAUGCAGAAGUUUGGGUUUGUCAAGUCGUCCUGCAAAAGCCACGCCUUGAAAAUCCAAACUGUGGGCAUCCCAAUCUAUGCAAGUUUUGCAUUCAUCUUCCCAGUAUCAUGA